AUGGACCUUGAGCUAUCAUCUGAAGAGUGGACAUGUGUUCAAUGUCUGCUCUCAAUCCUCGGUGUACAUAUUUUAAUCUUACUUGAAUCAUGGCUCACAUCGAAACUACAGUAUGCCGAGUUGUCACAGCAGUCCUUCUCAUCUGAACAAGGACCAAUGCUUCACUUAGCAUUGCCUGCAUUAGAGUCAUUGCACAGCGCAUGGUCGUCAUGUUCUGGACGCAUUAAGUAUCUCGAUUUUGCGGAGGGCCUGGAUGCCGGUAUUGAGAAGAUUGCAAAGUAUUAUGAGAAGUCAAGCAGUUCUGAUGCACAUAUUAUGGCCAUGUGUGCAUUGUUCUUUCAUGUACAUAUCACUCCAACUGACUUUCUAAUGACAUUUCUUGAUCCGUCACAAAAGGAGACCCAUAUUCACAAGUAUUGGGGCGAGGAAUUGCUUGCCAAAGCACACGGACAUGCAGAGGAGAUGUACAAAGAACGGUAUCUUGAAAUGUACGGCAACAAUCCUGACUCUAGGAAUGGUGCCGAAGUCAAGGUCAGGAAGACAGGGAAUUGCAAGCUUGAUGCUCUGCUGCAAGAGCUCUCUGACAGCGAGGAUGACAGUGACUCGAUGCUGCAGCCCACCCUAAUCUCUCACACAAGUUCUGUUACUCUCUCCGAAGCUGCGAAUGAGCCAUGGCGGCAAGACUUUCACGCUUACCUCAACUCCAAGGACUACCUUGGAGAUAUGACUAUCGUGCAGUGCCAACCACAGAACUUCACAGUACACACAAAGCUCACAGCAUACAGUAGCUACAGCACCACUUACUUCCAGUCACUCACAGAGUCACAGUUUCUUCCAGGCUUUGACGAGUAG